UUGGGAAGGUCGGACAACACAACCUGAUUUCGUGUGGAAGUGAUCUGAACAAAGCCAAGGAAAUCUUCGAAAAGAAGUUCCUGGAUAAGACUAAGAACAGCUGGUCAAACCGAGCGUGUUUCGAGAAGGUCGCUGGGAAGUAUGACCUGUUGAGUCGGGAUUACAGUGGAGAUGCCCCUCCAGACGAGAGUGCGAAGGUUGGACAGGUGGAAAAGGCCCCCAAGGUGGAGUCAAAGCUGGACCAUCGAGUACAGAAGCUGAUUGAGUUGAUUUGUAACAUACAGGCCAUGGAGGAGAUGGUUGUACAGAUGAAAUAUGAUACCAAGAAAGCUCCGCUAGGUAAACUGACGACGGCUCAGAUUAAAGCUGGCUACAUCUCCCUUCAGAAGAUUGAGGACUGUAUUAACCGGAAUGUGAGCGGGAAGGCCCUGGUAGAGGCCUGCAAUGAGUUCUAUACCAGGAUACCGCACGACUUCGGGCUGAAGACACCCCCUUUGAUCAGAACCAAGAAGGAACUACAGGAGAAAGUGGGACUUCUGGAGGUAAUUUGCACCCUCUUCCAGUUAUUAGACUCAUAGAGCUGUGCCAAACGGAAACAGACCCUUUGGUCCA